AUGUUCCUCGCAAAGCGAAUCCGCUGGACAAGCGGAUGUGAGAACCUCAGACGUCUCGAGAAAUACGCAGAAGCGAACGAGAAUACCAAGCCCAUGACCGGCAAACCCUCGUCUCCUACUGACGAACCGAGUCCCACUGCUUCCAAAAUGGCCCACCUGUCCAGCACCAGGCAGAGAGAACACACUGAGAGAAUGGUAACAACAGCCCAACCACCCCAAUACUGGCUCGGCCGCUUCGUAACCCUCACCAACGCAUUCCACUACGAGGACUCCUUCGGCGAGCCGGACAUCGCGACUGGGUUUGGCAUGCUGUCGAGCUACUCCCGGCCGCUGGGCGGCUCGGACGGCGGGAUGGCGAGCUAUCGUGUUAAGCGGGCGUUUAUGGUUCUUGAGAAUGUGUGCGUCACGGAGGAGGCCAAUGAGAGUUUACGGAGGUUUAGGGAGAAGUAUCUUCGGGAGUAUGGGACGCGGAGGGUGGAUUAG